GCGGAAGGCGGGAGGAGGGGCCCGGAGGCCUAGCUGCGGGGACCCGGGGACGCGCGGCCCUCGAAGCCGCUGGGACCACCGAGCGGCGCAGGCAGGGGGCGCAGCCGCGUUCCUUCCUCUUCGCCCGCGCCGCCUCCGCACACAGCGGCUCCGCGCGGCGGGGACGGGCCUGCGCGAUUGUCGCCUCCAUCCUGGGGGCCUCCAGGCGCCGCGAGCUUCGCAGAGAAGGGCGGAGAGCCCUCCGCUCGCCUGCCCGGGAGCUUGGGCUCAACGCUGGCCGGAGUGCGGGAGGACCCCCGGUGUCCUUCGGAAGCCGGCGCCUCUGCCUGGGAAGGGGCUCAGGAGCCCAUUUUUGCAGCGCUCACGUUGUUGUAGAAUGCUGUAAACAAUUGUCACAGCUGUUUUUCAAGAAAUAGAAAGAGUUGCAACCUCUUCCUCAUAACAGCACUUUUAUAGUUGCAUUCAAUGCCUAACGUUGCAGAAGCAGAAAGGACAAAUGAUUCUGGAAAUGGUGAGUGCAAAUCUGAGAGAAGGUCUCCCGAAGAGAAUCUACAAGGUGCCGUACAAUCUUUCUGCACUCGUGCCUCGGGAGAACCCUUGGGUCCCAAAGGAGAUGGUCAUUAUCCAUGGAGCUGUCCAGUGACCCACACUCGGGAGAAAAUUUAUGCCAUCUGUUCAGACUAUGCCUUUCUCAACCAGGCGACCUCAAUCUACAAAACUCCAAAUCCAGCCCGCUCUUCUUGCCUCCCCAAUAGUACCUCUUUAUCUGCUGGAAAUAAUUCCUCAAGAUACAUUGGCAUCCCGACCAGUACAUCGGAAAUCAUCUACAAUGAAGAAAAUAGCUUGGAAAACUUAUCCAACAGCCUGGGCAAGCUACCUCUUGCGUGGGAAAUUGACAAAUCUGAAUUUGACGGAGUGACCACGAAUUUGAAACACAAAUCAGGCAAUGGAAAGAAGCAAAUUUCCAAGAAAAAAACUUCAGACAAGAAAGGAAGAAGACAUCAAAGGGAGCGGCCUCAGUAUUCUCCUCUUGAAGAUAUUAAGCAGCGGAAAGUAUUAGACCUCAGACGAUGGUACUGCAUAAGCCGACCACAGUAUAAGACUUCUUGUGGUAUCUCCUCAUUAAUUUCUUGUUGGAAUUUCUUAUAUAGCACAAUGGGAGCUGGAAAUCUUCCAGCUAUCACCCAAGAAGAAGCUUUACAUAUUUUGGGUUUUCAACCCCCGUUUGAGGAUAUUAGGUUCGGCCCUUUCACUGGAAAUACGACACUUAUGAGAUGGUUUAGACAAAUUAACGACCACUUCCACGUAAAAGGAUGCUCGUAUGUUCUAUAUAAGCCUCAUGGGAAGAAUAAAACAGCUGGAGAAACUGCUUCUGGGGCCUUGUCGAAAUUAACUCAUGGAUUGAAAGAUGAAUCGUUAGCUUAUAUCUACCAUUGUCAAAAUCAUUAUUUCUGUCCAAUUGGCUUUGAAGCAACCCCUGUUAAAGCUAAUAAAGCAUUCAGCAGGGGCCCCCUCUCACCACAAGAAGUAGAAUAUUGGAUCUUAAUUGGAGAAUCAAGUAGAAAACAUCCUGCUAUUCACUGCAAAAAGUGGGCGGAUAUUGUUACUGAUCUAAACACUCAAAAUCCAGAAUAUCUAGAUAUCCGGCACUUAGAGAGGGGUCUGCAGUAUCGAAAAACAAAGAAGGUUGGAGGAAAUUUGCAUUGCAUCAUAGCAUUCCAGAGACUUAACUGGCAAAGAUUUGGCCUUUGGAACUUUCCAUUUGGAACCAUUAGGCAAGAAUCACAACCUUCAACACAUGCCCAGGGAAUUGCCAAAUCUGAGAGUGAGGACAAUAUCUCCAAGAAGCAGCAUGGGCGUCUGGGCCGGUCUUUUAGCGCUAGUUUCCAUCAGGACUUGACAUGGAAAAAGAUGUCAAGUAUCCAUGAGAGAAGGAACAGUGGUUACCAGGGUUACAGUGAUUACGAUGGGAAUGACUGACCAUGCUGCAUACUGAUGACUUGUGUUAUUCAUGCAGCUGGUCUAUACAGGACUGCAUUAAGGCAGUACAAGAUUUUAAGUCUGUAUUAAAUAGGAACAUAUCUUGUGGUACAACAUAUAACCUUGUAGUUUCUCCAGUAAAUAAGCUUGUAUAUGAUUAUGAUGGGUGAUUUCCGGUAUAUAAACAGAUAAGCACAGAGUUUUUUUGUCCUUUUAAAAGUUAAGAGUAUAUAAACAUUCUGGGCAGUUUCACAAAGUCCAAUAAAAUUACACAUAAACAAAUCAAACACAAUUUCACUCAAUAGCAUCACGAUUUGAAAUACUUAAGCAUGAAGUGAUUUCUUAUGACUUGACCCCCAGAUAUUUGUUGCAGUUUUGUUCCCAAGCUCAAAAUGUAAGGUACUAAGUAUCUGCCCCCCAAAAUUGGGGCUGUUGAUUUCUAGUUUUUCUCUAGCGGUUAAAGCUCAUUUAAAAUGACUUAGUGAGUCUAGAAAUUCUUUUACUUGUAGUGGUAUCUUGCCUGCCUCAUUUUUUUCCUGAUCAACUUUCUCAGGAUUCUCAAUAAAGAGGCAAAAGAGAAAAGACUCAAGAUACUGAUCUUUUCUAUUGGUGCAGAUGGGUGACUUAGUGCAUCGAUUCAGGUACUCUUGACUUUCUUGGUAUGUUACUGUCAAAUGCUGACAAGAACUUUAGGUCUUGAAAGACUCAUAAGUCUACAAUAAACCUUGCUUUAGGGGUAGAGUAAAAGAACAAGUGGCAUCUGAAGUUUCUAUACCCAAGGUAACCUGUGAGAUGAGAUCUGAUAUUUGACUGGUCCCCCAGUAUGGCGUCAUAUGUUGAUAACAGAAUUAAGGACGCGUUAGGAAUACCCCAUCACUCAGAGGGCAACUCUCCGUAUUCCAGACUCUGAGCUCUUUCCUUUUUAAAAACAUGUAGACAAUUAGCUGCUUGAAGUGAGUGUGAAAUAGUUCAGAAAGUGUGGAUUUCAUGUAUUUAAGCUCCUCUCCAGUUGCUGUCAGUUUUUCUUCUGCUGCCAACCUGUGACUCACAAAAAACUAGGAUCUCUUGUUCUUUCAUUUCAGGGGCUGUUCUGGGACUCAAAUCAGUAACUUGAUUAUUACAAGGUGCUGAAUAUGUUGGUAACCACAUCGUAAUACACCUCAAGGAGAAGGUUCAGAUUUUUAUUUUUUAAAAUAUUUUCAUUUUCUUCUCUUUUGAAUUUUAUAUCCAUUUAUCCACUCAGACAUGCCUAGCCUACAGAAGGGGAUAUAUAUUAUGAAAUGGGCAUUUUUCUGAAGAGAAUAUUUUGCUUGAAAUGCAAAGGACUGAAAGAUUUGUAGGUUGUUGAUUUUGUUACUUCAUACUGGAACUUUUAAGAAGUUUUCAUCAAUAAAAUUUUGUUUUCUACUUUUAA